AUGCUCGGUGAUUUCUGCUCUUAUGAAGCUGUUAAAGAAUUCUCUCACCCAGUCUUUGAAAUUCCUGCAUAUCAAAAUGCAAACUGCACCGAUGAAAAAUCUGAUUCUGAGUGUCGUAUUAAAUUUGAACAUGGUACAGCUACACUAGCUUUCAAAUUUCAAGGUGGUAUCAUGGUUGCUGUUGAUUCGCGUGCUUCUGCCGGAAGUUACAUUG